GUGGAGAGGGGAUUUCUGCUGCUGCUGCUUCGUCCCCGUCCUGUCCCAGCCGAGCUAGGCGCCGUCGUCGUCGUCGCCCGCCGCUGCCUGAGCAGCCUCGUGCGCUCGCUUCCAGUCCUCGCGCCUGGCUCGUCGGCUGCCCCGCGUGGGGUGGCUGGCGAUGUGUGGCGAGGCGCGCCGCCGGGGCCGCACGUGCCUGCCGCGGAGAGACUGAUCCCCCCUUCACGGCAAGAGAGCGCCCAGCCUCGCCAGAGCCCCGGCAAUUUCGACUAGCCCAGCGAGGGGUUCCAAAGUUGCACGAGAAAGAGGGUGUGUGCAGAGGGAGGGGGAUCUUUGCCAGCCAGCCUCCCUCCCUCCCCUUCUUCCCUCCGCCCCGCGCCCGGCGCGCUCCGAUGGGGGGCGGAGGAGAAGGACCUGUCCGCAUGGAGCUCCGAGGAGAUCCUUGGAGCCCAGCUCUACUUGCGCCCACGAACCCUCGACGCCUUUCCGAAAGACAACUGCUCUGGUGAAGGCGGGCGGGAGCGCAGGCCCCAGAUGCUCGCCGCAGUUUGGGCUUGCAGGUCUUUGGAGAGGGCUGUCAAACAAGAGGAGAAGCCCCUCGCACCUCUCCAAUGCAAGGCGAGCGAUGAGAUCCUAAGGAAGCAGGGAGAAAUGCCCGCAUAGGGAGCGAAGCAGCAGCCCCGCGGCAGCGAAGAAGACGCAGCCCACCCAGUCCCCAGCAACCGAGCACUUAAACAAGCGCAACCAGCUGGGGAAGAAUAAACUUCCAGCAGCCGCGAUGGGACAGACCCGGCUUCUCUGGCUCUGUUCUCUGCUUCUCCUCAGUCUCUGGUGCCCAAGCUGUUUCUCGAAUGAGAUCCUGGGCUUGAAGUUGCCACUGGAACCAGUGCUUAAUGCCAACACAGUGUGUUUGACCUUGCCUGGCUUGUCACGGCGGCAACUGGAAGUCUGUGUGCGGAAUCCUGACGUGACAGCUUCUGCCAUUCAAGGUAUCCAGAUUGCCAUCCACGAGUGCCAGCACCAGUUCCGGGACCAGCGCUGGAACUGCUCUAGCCUGGAGACCAAGAACAAGAUUCCAUAUGAAAGCAUCAUCUUCAGCAGAGGUUUCCGAGAAAGUGCUUUUGCCUAUGCCAUCGCAGCGGCAGGAGUGGUGCAUGCUGUCUCCAACGCCUGUUCUCUGGGCAAGCUGCAGGCGUGUGGCUGUGACCAGAAGCGUCGAGGGGAUGAGGAAGCCUUCCGCAUCAAGUUGCACAGGCUUCAGCUGGAGGCCAUGAACCGGGGCAAGGGAAUGAUGCAUGGUGUGCACCUGGAGCACAUGCCAGCUGAGGCCCCAGGCCUGCAGGACUCCUGGGAGUGGGGGGGCUGCAGCCCUGAUGUGGACUACGGGGAGAAGUUUUCCAAGGACUUCCUAGAUUCCCGAGAGACAUACCGAGACAUCCACUCCCGCAUGAGGCUACAUAACAACCGUGUUGGCCGGCAGGUGGUGAUGGAGAACAUGCGAAGGAAAUGUAAGUGUCAUGGCACCUCUGGCAGCUGCCAGCUGAAGACGUGCUGGCAGGUGACCCCUGAGUUCCGGAUGGUGGGCUCGCUACUCAAAGAACGCUUCUCUGGGGCCAUGCUGAUCCGGCCCCACAACAGGAACACAGGACAAAUGGAGCUGGGUCACGCCCGCCACAGGCGUCGGGCUGGCAUCACUGACCUGGUCUACUUUGAGAAAUCCCCUGACUUCUGUGAGAGGGAACCAACCCUAGACUCCAUGGGUACGCAGGGGCGCUUGUGCAAUAAGACCAGCCCUGGCAUGGACAACUGUGAGAGCCUGUGCUGCGGGCGGGGGCACAACAUCCUGCGGCAAACACGCAGCGAGCGCUGCAAUUGCAAGUUCCACUGGUGCUGCUUUGUGGCCUGCGAGGAGUGCCGGCUCACUGAGUGGGUCAGCGUCUGCAAGUGAUUCUGGGCCUACUGGAUGCUCCAGAGACUUUGCUGUUUGACUUUGCAGCACUAUAGGAUGGAAUCCUGCCAUCAGUAGGAGGUACGGAUGAGCGGCCUGGCAUGCGAGUAUUUCCCAUCUCCCUGGCACUUCCACUUCUUCCUGACCUGUGAAUGAGCACGAAGACUCCAAAGGGUCCAUCUGAACAUACAGUGUGGGCCUUGCACCUUACAGGCCCAAAGGUCUUUGCACCAGAGGCACAGAGGCCUGGCUUUUCAUGCCAGGAUUGGGGGGGGGGGCUGGAGUCUCUGAGAGUAGCUCUAGUGCCUUCUGAUCACUGAUGUCUGUGGAUUCUAAGGUUUGUCAGCCACAGAUGAUGGUUCUUUCAAGCUGAAGCUUAUUUAAACUCUUUCCAGCUCCCUCCACAGUGACACCUUCCAGCUCCACUAUGGGUUCAUUCAGGUGACAGAUAAUCCAACAGACUGAAAUAGCUACUUUAAAAAAACUGGGUUGAGACUGCUCCAUUCCAAGUUAAGAAAAAAUUUUGGCUGCCACAAGUACAUUCAUUGUUCAGGGGAAAAAUGGAAUUAAAAUACAGAGUUUGUUUAAGGAAAUAUUUUGAACGAGGGAUUGAAGGGUGGGGGUGCAGAGGUUUCUGUCUGUAGUCUCCCAUAAAGAUGCCAUAGGCACUUAGGGUGGUUACUGUGGUUGGUAAAUUAUUUUAUUAUUGUGAGAAUAAAAGUGAAUCAGAG